GCCUCCUGAGUCAGAUUCGGGACACAAACUUUACGCACAGGUCUUUAGAAGCACAACAGCACCGAAGGACCAGAGAGGCGAGGCUUAAAGACAGAAGAAUCCUUUGCGUCCAAGGAAAAGUCUGGCAUUGAAGAGACAUUUACAGACUCUUUUUUUUUUAAAGUAGUUUUUAAGCAAAAUGCAAACAAGAUUAUAUUUAUUUGUUUUAAUAAUGUCUGUGGACAUCGCUACAAGCCAGAAAGACUGCACAGGUGUAACGUGCCCUGUCCUGCAGAACUGCAUCGAAUCGGUUUUAGAGGAUGGGGCCUGUUGUCCCAAAUGUGCACAAAAGGGUUGCACCUGCGAAGGGUACCAGUACUACGACUGCAGCCAAAAAGGCUUCAAGGACGGGAAAGUACCAGAGGGGGAAUCCUACUUUGUGGAUUUUGGGAGCACUAAAUGCUCGUGUCCCCAGGGAGGAGGGACCAUAAGCUGCGUUUAUAUGAUUUGCCCUGAAAUACCCCCCAACUGCAUUGACGUUUUACAGCCUGAGGAUGGGUGUCCUCAAUGUCAGCGUGUCGGCUGUGCCCAUGGCACCAAGAAGUAUGAGGCGGGACACUCCUUUCAGGUGGACCCGUGCAAGGUUUGCCACUGUCCAAAUUCAGGGGGCCGGUUAAUGUGCUCCCCGAUCCCAGGCUGUGACCUCGGCAGUGUUCAGGAGCCCUUGUGGGCAACAUCCACUGAAAAUUAUAGACCCUUAAGAGACAUUAGCCGAGGUCAUGACUCUCAGUCGACAAGCCGUGUGGAACCAUUUUCCAAGCUUGAGAUGGCAAACUCUCUCCCACUUUAUAAGGAGGACCCACCCAGUUUUGGCUCAGAAGAUUAUGACUACACACUGGCACAACCGACACCUUCCACUAUUCAAAACCUGGCCCAGUUACAGGACGGCGCUACAGCUCCUUCAUCUUACCCAGAGUCCAGCUCUACAACCUUCCCGUCUCACGACGACAGAGGAAAUGAGCUGACGCAAGUCUUGGGUUCUACCACGGCGGGAGCUCAAAGCAGUUCAUCACCAUCAUCAGCAACAACAAGUACAACCGCACAGGUAGUUUCCGCAGACAAUCAGACCUCAAAGCAGGAAGCUGAAGAAAGAGGCACGCACAGAAACGUAGGAGGUAAACGCUUUGGUCAUCAGAAACACAGCCAGCGUGGCCACUCCAGACAUCGUGGUGAAAGCUACCCUGUCAGCCACACUGAGCAGGAAAAAACAUCAGUGGAGCACAAACCCCGGCUCGGCGAACAAGAACAGAGUUUCUACCCCACAGUCCAGUUCAGUCCCACCAGCCGAGCGCCAGUCAGGAUGCGAGAGGAGCCUCAAAGACAACCUCACAACGUCGACAACCACCGCGCUCAGGGGACGGAGGACGACACAGAAGCGUCUGUGAAAGAGCUGGUGAAGAGCUGCUGUGAGAGCGGGGAGAAAUGGGCUUCAGCUAAUGGCCACUGCAGCAACAUGGAGCCGCCCACGGAAGAUAGGCGCACCAUUUGCUGGACCGCCCAACAACAGUGCUGUCUCGGCUCUUUGAAGGAACGCCAGUGCUUGGCAGGAAUUAAGGCAGCCAGAGCGGGAAGUUUCUGUGGAGAGGACACCAGCAGUAAAUGUGGAACGGAUUCCUACAAGGCGAGUAUCCAGGAGCAGGAGUGCUGCAGUUGCUGCUUUCUCGGGUUGCAGUUCCACAGAACCGGCCAGCGCUGCGAAGCCCACCGGUACCUGGGUUUCCACUGCCAGCACGUCUUUGUGAACUGCUGCGAGCAGGCUGAGGGGAAGCAAAUUAUCAGGGACAGGCCUGCUCUGGACCCAACUGUGCCUCUUAUAAAAGUAACAGACAGCCCAUAUCCUAAAGAGGCCUUCGCCAUCGGCGAGGAGCGGGAUGGCGGGAAUGCCGUCGAGGGACCUGUUGAGGACAUGGACGAGUGCCUGAUAUAUGACGGCAACAUCUGCCAACACAGAUGCAUCAACACGCCCGGCUCUUUCCGCUGCGAGUGCUACCCCGGCUACGUGCUGCAGGAGGACACUUACACUUGUGCAGAGGAGACGACGGACGAGGAGAACAGGCUGAGUGACGUUUAUCGAGCAGCAGUGGAAACCACCUCCCCGCUUCCGCCGCCCACCCAGCCUUCUGUCUCACUCAACCCCUGUGAAGGAAGCAGCAUCUGUGAGCAACAGUGCACCCCGGUGGGGGGAAGGCCACAGUGCUCCUGUUUCUUAGGAUUCUCCCUCAGAGCAGACGGACAUUCAUGUGAGGACGUGGAUGAGUGUCUGUCUGCACACGGCUGCCAGUUUAACGAGCGCUGCGUGAACACAAGAGGGAGUUACAUCUGUCAGAGACUGAUCACCUGCCCGACUGGAUACCAGAUCAGCAACGGCGUUUGUGAAGACAUCGACGAGUGCAUGACGGGAAGCCACAACUGUGGAGCCGGGCUUGUGUGCAUGAAUACAGAGGGUUCAUUCAGGUGCAACUCCAAACCUCUCUGUCCUGCAGGCUUUCAGCGGGACACGCAGGGCAACUGCAUAGAUAUUGACGAGUGUGCUACUUUGACCCAGUCGUGCGGUUCAGGCUUUACCUGCGCCAACACAGCGGGGUCAUACAUGUGCAACAGGAAGAUAACAUGUAGCCGUGGCUAUCAUACCAGCCCCGAUGGAUCCAGAUGUGUCGAUGUGAAUGAAUGUGAGAGUGGCCUGCACCGAUGUGCCGAGGGACAGCUAUGCCACAAUAUGGCUGGCUCUUAUCGUUGUGAGUGCCAGACUGGGUACCAGUACGAUUCAUACAGGAGGAUGUGCGUAGAUAUAAACGAGUGUUGGCGCUACUCAGGCCGUCUGUGUGCCCAGACCUGCGAGAACACCCCGGGCUCCUACGAAUGCUCGUGCACCUCUGGUUUCCGCUUAUCUGCUGAUGGCAAGAACUGUGAAGAUGUGAAUGAGUGUCUGGCUAGCCCGUGCAGUCAGGAGUGUGCCAACAUCUACGGUUCCUACCAGUGCUACUGCACAACGGGCUUCUACCUCAGGGAGGACGGGCACACGUGUGAAGACAUCGACGAAUGCUCCCAGGGCAUUGGCCACCUGUGUACCUACAGGUGUGUGAAUACUCCGGGCAGUUACCGGUGUGCCUGUCCCGAUUACGGAUACACCAUGUCUCCAAAUGGGCGAUCUUGCAGAGAUGUUGAUGAGUGCGCCACGGGGACUAAUAACUGCUCUCUGGCUGAGAAGUGCUACAACAUCCAAGGGGGGUACCGCUGCCUUUCUCUGAGCUGUCCACCAAACUACCGUAAAGUGACAGACACGCGCUGUGAACGGAUCAGCUGUCCCACGUACCUGGAGUGUCAGAACUCUCCUACGAGAAUCACCUACUACUACCUCAGCUUCCAGUCCAACAUCGUCAUCCCCGCUCAGAUCUUCCGCAUCGGCCCCGCCCCGGCCUACUCUGGAGACAACGUCAUUGUGACUAUCACGCAGGGCAACGAGGAGAACUACUUCAGCACCAGGAAACUGAAUGCCUACACGGGCACCGUGUUCUUACAGCGACAGGUGCAGAGCCCAAGAGAUUUUCUGAUCACUGUGGAGAUGAAACUGUGGAGGCAGGGGAAAUUUACAACCUUCCAAGCCAGGCUCUAUGUCUUCAUCACAGCAAAUUUACUCUAACGGCUGCUUGCGCUGAGGCCAGCAGGGAACUUAAUAUAGUCUAUUAUGACUUUUCCGAUCAAUAUUUAACGAUGCCAGUCUCUGUUGUGAUGGGUUCGAACAGUUUGCACAUGUUGUUGCAAGAAUAGUAGAAUUUUUAAUAGAUUACACACUAUAUUUUUACAAUAAGCUUGCAAUAGAUGAUGCAGUUGAUAUUAUUUUAUGAUAUGUUGUCAGAUUAUAUUUUACAUUUACAGGAAAUCUUUUCCUAAAAUGCUGGGUUAGUUGCUGAAACCUCUGUUUUUAUUUUGCAUAACUCAAUGCCUCUAAAAGUAGAACCUAAAUUACCAAAAUACUUCACAUAUUCUGUAUUUAUGCCCAGAUUAUUUCCGUCCACUGUAACAUUAUAUGUCUUACUUUCCAACGUGCACUGCUGCCUGUGAGUUGUGUUUUACAAGUUAAUUUAAUGUCACAUACAUUUGCAUGGAGCAAAAUAAAUAAAAAAUAGUAGUUGUAUCAUAUUGUUAUACUGGAUUCUGACAUUAGUAAAAUAUUACAGCAAAAUAUUAAGAAAGAAUCACUGAGAGUCAAAAAUUUAUUUUUUGGGUUAUGUAGAUUAUAUUUUAUAUGAAUAAAAUGUCCUUUCUUCAGAUUUCUCAUGAAACAUUGUAUAAUAUGCUGCAUAUUAUAUACUUAAAACACAUCUGUUGCUGUUUUGACAUAUUACGCACAAACAUAUCUUUACUAUUACCAUAUAUGUUCACGCCUUAUGGAAAACUUGACUGAUGGUUAAUAAAUAAUGGAUUUUAAAAGACA